AUGGCUGGAGAACAGCAACAAUUUUUCCUCAAGUGGAAUGAUUUCCAAUCUAAUAUGGUAUCUUCGUUCAAGCAUCUGCGAGAUGAAAAAAGUUUUACAGAUGUAACAUUAGCAUGUGAUGGACAAACUUGUAGAGCGCAUAAAAUGGUACUUUCGGCAUGUAGUCCUUACUUCAAAUCUUUACUUGAGGAAAAUCCGUCCAAGCAUCCAAUAAUUAUAUUAAAAGACGUAGCUUACAACCACUUACAAGCUAUUCUUGAAUUUAUGUAUGCUGGAGAGGUAAAUGUUUCCCAAGAUCAAUUACCAGCAUUUUUAAAAACAGCAGAUCGACUCAAAGUCAAAGGACUAGCCGAAGCGCCUGGUGCCAUUAAAAGAGAGGGCUAA